CAUUAAUGGAAUUCCAAGUGAUUUGUAUUAUGUAAUUGGUGAGGAGGGCAUAUUAAUGAGAAAGAGCGGACUCGGACGUUAGCCUAAAAAGUCUCGUGGUUUUCUCUCUUUUCGGGUUUCCACGUAAAAAUUGCUAGUUCAUACACUUUAUAUUUAUUAUUUACUUUAAUACCGAAUUCACCGUCCUUAAUAUCCAAAGUUUAUGUUGGACUUUCGGAUCUGCGGGACUAAACCUCAACAUUGGUGCCAUCUGUGGGAAUCUUGUUCAAAAAGAUUCUACGUGUUCUUGAUUUUUACGAAGAAAAAAUGAUAUGAGAUCAACUGAUUCCAGCAAAACUAACUAGCAGUGAUGUUCCAGGCUUUCCAAAACUCGCCGGAAGAGGGGUGCACGAGCACCAACUUUUUUACAGGCACCGAUGCUUGGAUGAGGAUACACCGUGACCCUCAUCAAGGAAGAUGGGAAGUGGGAGGCCUGACAACACCACGUGGGGAUGCGACAGAUUUUGGCAUAUUUGAAAGAUUCAUGGUUAUCCAAAAAGUAAACUCUUGCUUCCCGAAUGAGGAUUCCGCGAACGACACCCGGAAGGACCCCAAGAUGCCACUGGUUACUAUUUCCGGCAGGACCCCGAGCCUAGAAUGGGAAUCCCCCAAAGUGCUCGACCGGGCUGUGACAGGCCACAACAGGAACGCAGCCGCAGAAGGAGAAAUCCAGACCAGUCUAAGACGACUUCAGCAGCUUGGCGUCGUUUGAAAUGGCUGCUCCCAUGUCCUAAAACAAAGGUCGGGGCCGAAGUAGACCAACGGAAAUUGCGAUUCAGAGCAACUGGUGAAAUGAAGAGAAUGGUGAGUGGGACCCACACGCCACUGGUCAAACGAACAGAGGACCAGCUUCCUACUCUCACAUGGGAAGCCUCACAACAUAAUGAGUGAUUUGACACGUUCAUACUUAUCCAAUAGACAAGCGCCGCUCCCCGAACAGGAACUCCCCGAACACCAGGCCCAUAUAAGUGCCGACCGAGAGCCUCAAAACUGGGACACACAACAACAUUCCGUGAAGGAAACUCGGCAUGUGGGCAGAUUCUAAGGGAAUGGGGACCUCCUACUCAACCAUUUUCCACUGGAUAAGUUGCAGAUGUCCAAAACAGUAAGCCAGUAAUUUGAUCUUACAAAACCCUCCUGAUCCAUUCUGUGUAUAGAAUGUAGCAAAGGAAUUACGUACAAAUUUUUUUGGGGAGGAUAUGGAUCCCGAAUGGGAAAUUCCCUACAUUGACUGCCCCCCCAGGAGCAAACAGAGCCUGACCUGAAGUAUUUCCAAGCAAGUGUAUCCAAUAAAUUGCGCCGGUUGGUGAAGCUCGAACACCCUACACCGCUCCCGUUCAGGAGAGAUCCUUCUAAACGAAACAAGUUUGAUCUCGAAUGAUCAGUUUCAAGAGAUCCCAAACCCAGCAGCACCUUUCAGUGGGUCGGGGCUCUCUAAGAUACCGUCAACGUCUCAUGCACCGAAUGACAUGCCAAUCUAGCAUGCGAUAAGGGGGCACAGAUCUGUUAGAAGACUAAUGCAGAAAUUAUUAGUAGUAUUAUUAUUUAUCUUUGUGUCACGUUUACUUGGUAAAAUAAAUUAGCUACUAGAAGACCUAUUCUAUAUGGGGCGGUUAGUAGUAGUGGUAUGUUUUACGGAGUCUGUUUCUUAGUGGGUUAAUCCCUUUAUUUCAGCAAGUUAGUUCUCUCUUAUAAUGUAUUUAAGAAGCAUUCUGGUUUUAAUAAAACACUACUCCAGUUGCUCUUC